UGGGGUUUGAGCGCGGGGCCCGACGGUCCGGAAAGCUGGAACUGCGGGUGGGGAACAUGUCGGAUUCGGAGCUCGGCAGGAAGUGGGACCGGUGCUUGGCGGAUGCUGUCGUGAAGAUAGGUACUGGUUUUGGAUUAGGACUUGUUUUCUCACUUACCUUCUUUAAAAGAAGAAUGUGGCCAUUAGCCUUUGGUUCUGGAAUGGGCUUGGGAAUGGCCUACUCCAACUGUCAGCAUGAUUUCCAGGCUCCAUAUCUUCUACAUGGAAAAUAUGUCAAAGUAUGUACAGAAUUGAUAUUUCUCUUUCUUUCUCCUGAGUCCCCGUAGAAUUCUUUAGAGUGCGUAUAAUUGAUAAAUACACUGUCAUGUCACUGUGGCACCACCGAGAUCCUAAGUGCUCAGGAGUCUGCCUCAGCAUUUAUCCUUAAAUUAAAUAUCUGAUACCUGUAGGUAGCACUUUUGUUCGAGAUCUCAGAGUGCCCUGUAAACUUCUCACACACGUUCAAGCUAAACCUAAAGACUUCUGAACUCAGCCAUUAUUCUGCUUUCUACUGAAGAGCGCAGGUUCUUGACUGUGAGUCCCACAUGAUUCUGCCGAAGUCCUUGUCUACAGAUGGGUUUUUAAUGAUGCAGACAGGAUGAAAAAGUGUAACACAUGCCUCAAGAGGAAGGAGGUAGCACGGUUCCUAAGGUUUUUGUGUGUAGCAGCCCUUUGGACAGAGGUGGUAUUUAUUUUUGUAUCCCCAGGGCCUGGAACAAAGUAGGUGCUCAAAUAAAUGUAAAAUGAAUGAGUGAAAUAAAUUGUAUGUCUUAUUAGAUGUGCUAAUGGCCUCAGGCUUAUUAAGGCAUAACCUUCAUAGCAACACAAGCUUCAUGAAGAGCUUCACAUUCUCUGGAUGUGUAGAAUCAUCUACUUUCUUGGUUACCCUUGAGCUAGAAUCACUGUGAUCUGGGCAGCAGCAGGGGGCCAGUGGAAAGCACAGAAGCCAGGACACCCAGAUGUGAGUCCUGGUCCAUCACUUGCUUUCUAUGUGCUCUUGAGUUUUUCACUUCUGAGAUUGUUUUCUGUCUGUAAAAUGAGGGUAGUAAUUUCUGCCUACAGGGUUGUCGUGAGGAUUAAAUGUGAAAAUGUUUUUAAGCUAUGAGGUGCUAUAUAUGUAUAUAAAUAGAAAUGUUGGUUAUUAUAAUUGAGGCCAACUAAGAAAGGGUGACUGACUCGUUCAUUGUUCCACCAUAAUAACAAGUAGGGCAGAAAAGGAGGUACAAAUGAGUGUCCCAGUUCUGGUCAAAAGCUGUAGCCACAAGGGUGGCCGAAUCUUAAAUGACAGUAUGCCACCACAGCUCGGUAGCCUCUAUCUGAGAACGUGCUCAGACGGUCAGCUGCCUACUGAACAGCCGGUGCGGACCUGGGGAGGGGACUGGGAGCAGGGGAGCCGGCCAGUGGGGAAGCCGGGCAGGCGUCUCGCAGGCCCUCUGUGGUCAUGUCCCGUCCCCGCGCCAGAGCCAGGGUGAGCUGAUCAGAGGGACAGCGCAAGUGAGCAGAGGCGCAGCUGCGGGCCGUCAGCGCUGACGACAGGCGCUUUCCACUGCUCCCUGGCGCCUCGCUCUCUUGGCACCACGGCUGAAGUUAAAGGAGAACAUAAAGGAACAGGGAGAGGAGCUUCAGGUCUUUUAAUUGUUUGAAAUGUUUUCGUUGUUCCAAACUGAGUUGUCAUGGAUAAAUGGCUCAGGGGUGGUUAUAUGUGGAUGUAUUUAAUGGCUGAGAGUUACUGUGGAAAAUAUUGUUACAGUAUUUACAGCCUUGUGCGUACGGCUCCAAAAUGGCCUUUUGUAACUUUAUCUGAACUGGAGUCUGUGCCUUGAUGUCGUCAUCCUCCAUUCUCUGAAAAGAGGAACAAAAUCCCAACUUGGGGCUUUUUCAGUGUAGUCAUAUCAUGGUAAUUGCUUGCUGAGUGCCUGCUAUGACCUGUGGACCAUCCUAGGCGCUCCAUCUUUACAUUCUUUCUCUAGACCUCUCUCCCAGUAGAUUUGUGAGAGAGGUUUUACUACCCUCAUUCAGCAGAUGAGAAGGCCGAAUUUCACUGAGGUUUAAGAAACUUGCCGAAGUUCCUGUCAUGAGUAGGCCAUUUGAUUCCAGAGCCAUGCUCUUUCCACUCACCUGGGAUCCGUCCCUUUGAUGGGUUUUAGGAAUAUAGUUAUCCAGGUACAGACUGUUCAGCCCUGUUGCGUUCCUUUUCUAUUUUCCCCCCUCAAAGAUUGAGGAGCCACUCUGAAGAACCUGGGCUGGAAGGAUACAGUCCUCUUGUGAGACAGAUUUAAAGCAAACAGAGUGGUAAGGCUUGGGGCCCAUUGGUCCUCUGGGUCUGACCUGCAGCAGCAAGUUAGAGAGGGUUGUCGGAACGCUGUGUGCACAGUUCUAACCUGAGUGUCCUUCC